AUGGCAGCAUUUGUCGGAGAAAGGGUUGGAAUAAGAGAUAUUUCACGAGACGCUUCGGUACCACAGAAUCCAAAAGCCAAAUUGAUGUACUACCUUAACUGCGUGGCCUCAGUAAUUCAGCUAGACGAUCGUGCUUUGAGCAGGUUAAGGAACUACCAGAAUUACUAUUUGCUGAGCGAUGAAGAAACCGACGCUCUAUUGGCAUUCGUAAUACUCUUCAGCCCAGAUGAGCUGAUAGGCAAGGUGUUUUUCCCGAGUGAAGACUGUGGGGGAGGUUCUAACCAAUUCUUUGAGUUGAGUGCAGUGUCGCAUAUGCUGGCAGUUGCAGAUAACAUCGUCAUUGGAGGAGAAAGGAAGAGAGUUGGCAAAAUAAUGUUCUUUAAGAGAUCAUGGAUGGAAAACAACUACCUUUCACCCAUCAGAUCCUUCCAAGAUCGACUGCAAAGGAUGGCGCGAGGGCUGCCGGGAAGAGCACCCACUCCGCGUAGAGCACUACCUCCGCCCAGGCCUCGCUCUACCUCUUCCAACAGUUCAUGCAAUAUUUUGUAA